CAAAUGCACAGUGAGUCCUAGAGAACAAGGUCUGCCGCAGGAGCUAGUAGUCAAGGAGGAGAAGCUCAGUGAGAGCUAACAGUAGGAGGAACACCCCAGAGAGACAGACACAGGAGAGAGACACAAGACCAUGAGACAGCCCAUCCAAGCUCCAGUCAUUGGUACCUGGAGAGAUGCAUAGACAUCAGUGACUUCUGCGCCAGCUCAGGGGUUUCAAUUAGUUAAGAAAAUUUAUCGAAACCAAUGGUGUUCAUGUGAAUGGAGGCUUAUUGCGAAGUCCUGUCUAAAAAUGGAGAUGCUACGCCGCUCAUCUGUGUUUGCUGCAGAAGUUUUAGAGGUUUUUGACAGAUCCCCCACAGAUAAGGAGCUGGUUGCACAAGGUAAAGCUUUAUGCAGAGACUAUAUUCAGGCGCGACUUCAGCGUGCUGGUCUUGGAUGGAGCAAACCAGAACAUGGCAUCUCUUCUACAGUAGGUGGACGUAUGGCGGAGGUAACUGCAACGUUCCUGAGAUUGGGGGAUGAGCUUGAAUACAUGAGGCCAGCUGUAUACCGGAACAUUGCUCGACAACUGAACAUCUCCCUCGCCUCAGAGUCUGUUUUAUCGGAUGCAUUCCUUGCAGUUGCCGCAGAAAUAUUCUCAGCAGGGAUCACAUGGGGUAAAGUGGUCUCAUUGUAUGCAGUGGCAGCGGGACUCGCACUCGAUUGUGUAAAACAUUCACAGCCGGCGCUGGUUCUGACCAUUGUGGACUGUCUAGGAGAAUUUGUUCGCAAGACUUUAGUCACUUGGCUGAAGAGGAGAGGAGGAUGGACGGACGUAACAAAAUGUGUGGUUGCUUCUGAACCUGGUCUGAGAUCUCACUGGUUGGUCUCCAGUGCCUGCAACUUAGGUCACUUCCUAAAGGCAGUAAUAUUUUUCCUGCUUCGAGAGCGUUAAACUCUUGUCAUGGUCCGUUCAGAACUAAAUGCAGCUUCGAUGACUACUGCCAGAUGUUGCUCCCAUUCAUGUUCAGUGUCCUGGUCCAUCCGCUGCUCUACAGUCAACUUCUUUGUGGAAUCUCCAUGUUCACAAAAAUGAACACUUGGGCUUGACUGUGUUCUAUAAAGCUACACCAGACAGUGCUAUCCCAUUCCCUCCGUCUCAGAGCUAUUCCUGUACAGACAGAAUACGGCACAUCCCCUGCUUCCGCCUGUACUUUUCAUGAACUCUUGUACUAUGGGCAAAACAUGUGGAUGCACAAAGUAAAUAACUUACAGAGCCUGGGCUGUCAGAAAUACUACACCAGUAUUAGAGACGCACAUGAUGAAGGAAUCAGCCUUGUUCUACUAAAUAUGACUGUACACCACAUGUAAUCGUGUAUUGUGUGAUGUUUGUGCUGAUUGCUGCCCUGUUACUCCAGAUCUGUAAUAACAUGCACCCUAUGAUGCAUUAUACAUUUGUGUUUUCAUUAGGAUG